CAUCUUUCUGAGCGAAAGCUUUGCACCUCUUCAUGCUGCUGACCUGCUGACGAUACCAAUGCGUUCAAAGAAGAAACUACUCCUGUCCGUGUCAGGUGAUACCAGGGAUAUCCGAAGUGGGUGUAUCAUACUGUUUUGCACCAGUAGAGGUGGUAGGAGGCUCCCGUGAUCAUUUGCAACUACAUAUUUCGUGUUGACCUGUAACUAUUUGUCGUUCACGCGCCGUUUGCGAAUGGCUCUUCGGCUACUUUUGUUUUCUAAACUUAGAAAAUUGUUUGAGCAUACCCAACCAAGAUCCUGGAGUUUUUACACAAGCGUCGGGUACUAAUUCAUCCAGUGUCCAUGGUGUCUGGAUACUAUAACAAAUGAACGAAAUGUUUCAGGAAGUAUUGUAACGACUUGACAAGGAUCUCAAUCCAGAACUCUGUAUUUGACUUUAGCUUUGGGACGCCAUUCGACCAUGUGAAGAAGCUCCUAUCAUCGGACCCCACGCGGACCAGAUUCAUCCUUCAAACAAACCUGACCCUAGUAAUGGCACGCUGAUGACCAAUUUCGUCUGUAUGCAUUUCUAAAGAAGAAUUAUUACCAUGGCAACCACACCUGGAUUCACCUCUACAGAGCACGUGAUUGGUAAUGAGAAUAACGAAACGGACUCAUGCAGUUGGCUGGUAAAAAUAGAAGACCGCGAAUACGAUUACCCUUCUAGAAACUUGUAUCAUGUCUCAAUCCUGUGUUGCGUUACGCUGUUCGGGAUCGCUGCUAAUGGAUCGCUUAUUUUCAUCGUCUUAAAGAACCGACAUCUCCGGAAGACACAGAAUAUCUUAUUCGUCAAUCUCAUGAUCGGUGAUCUCGUUUGUCUGCUUGUCAAUGUACCAAUCGCCAUCGAGUUCGAGAUCAUGCAGUCCAAUUCGAACGUAUCCGGCAACUUCAUUUGCAAAUUCAGAAACUUCUCCAUGAUCAUGAGUGCUUGCCUUGUCGUUUACUCGUUGGUGGCGCUCUCAAUUGAACGCUAUCAGAAAAUUGCCGAUCCUCUGGGGAGAAACCGCUGGGAAGAAAGCCGCGCUUGGGGAGCCUUUCGAAGCUGUUCAAGACAUUCAAAUGUAUUGAUUGUUUUAGUGAUUUGGGCUUGUUCUUUCGCUGUUGCUGCUCCUAUUCUAGUUUUAGCCCAAGAAAAACGCAACAGAUGUCAUUGGAUUCCUCAUCACACGUCCCAAGCCAAAAUAUUCAAGAUGUUUCGGGUCAUGGCGACAUUUGUCGUUCCUUUUAUCAUAAUCGCGACGGUACACAUCAUUAUUGCAUGUACACUUUUACGAAGCAUCCAUGAUCCCAUCGUAAAGGAUUCUCAAAUACGUCGCUCUUUGAACGCCAACGGUAACGGUCGUCACAACAGCCAGAAGCGGUUAAGAGAUCCCCGAACUACAUCUCGCGUCAAGAUCGUAAUAGUAGUAACGCUUCUUUCCACAAUGUUCUUUCUUGCACAAUUACCAAUCACCAUCUUCAACAUGUUAUUCGAGUUUCAUUAUUGUCUGCUCUGGCUUAAAUCUUUUACCGUAUUUUACCGCUGGUCAACUACCCCGUUUUACGUUUUGUGUUGUUUCAACCCGGUAAUGAUGUAUAUCUUAAGCUCCCGUUUCAGGAAGCAGCUUAUGCUUGACUGCUGCUUUCCGUGUAGGUCCCCUAUUUUGCACAGAAUGUCAAUGAGCACACGAACAACAGAAAACGUGCCGCUUGAUAAUCACACUUUAAAGUAAAAUAAUGACUUUUGCUUCUCGCGGAAUGGGCGACAGUUUCCAAGCGUAUAAUAACAUAACCUAAAGAUUAAGUUGGAAAGAAGCGACAAAAUAAUCGAGGUUCACUGUGCAACGUGGUGGAGCUAGAGCACCCAGCGGGUCAAUUCUACUAACUCGGAAACUCUUCAUGCCAGAUUGGUGUGGUGGUAUAUGUGGAUAUUGCAAACCGAAGU